AACCCUUUCUCCCCGCCGUCUCCUCCCCUCCCCUCCCCACCCCACCCCCACUCCCAACGCGAGCGGCGGCGAUGGCCAAGAAGCUCGGGAAGAAGGCCCGCAAGUUCGCCCACAAGCACCUCCAGGGCGGCGCCAAGCGCAGCCGCAAGCUCCGCUCCCAGUUCAACCGCCGCACCCGCAAAGAUGGGAAGGGCCGGGAGGACGACAACCGCCUGGACGGCGACGGCGGCAGCGAGGAGACCCGCCGCAACGAGAACAUGAACGAUGAUGUAGCUACUUUGGCUAACUGUUUAGAGUUUCCAGAAGAUGAGAAUGAAUUAGAUGGGGAUCUAUCCGACAGUGAUGGCUAUCUUUCAGAGGAUCUUGAGUGUGUGUACUACUCUGACAGUGAUGAUGAUAAUGUUAUGAAAGAGUGUAUUGUACAAGAUGAUCUCGACGAACAGAACAAUGAGAUGCGCUUGGCUGUGAAAAAGCAAAAGAAAAAGUUGAAGAAGUUGUUGGAUAAGGACCCUAAGUUUGCAAACUUCCUUGAGAAAUGGCAAUUGGAAUUGGUGAACUAUGAAAGUAAAGAAGAUUCAGAUGAACAAGAUGAGAUGGAUUCUGUGGACAACGGGGUCAAUUCUGGUGAUAAAGAUCCUCCUAGUGAUAAGAUCCUUACAAGCAAGACAAUAAGUGAAUGGUGUCAACUAGUCUUAGAUGAACCUAAAGCACCUGCUCUGCGUAACCUACUAAAUGCUUUCCGGGAUGCAUGUCAAUUUGGUCUGAAUUCAAAUAGCCUUUCCAUGCAGAGACUUCAAAGUACCGAAGUAUUUUAUCAGAUAAUAUCAUUUGUUCUUUCUAAGGCAGACAAUAUUUUCCGUGCUCUCUUAGAAAUUUCUGAUGAUGACAAGGGGAAACUUAUGAAUCAGAGAAAUGGAAAGAAAUGGCAAGAUAUUGAGCCGCUCAUAAAGUCUUACUUGCGGAAUUCUCUUGAUCUGAUUAGUCAACUUACCGAUAACCAAAUACUUACCUAUGUCUUGACUCGGCUUAGAACAUCUGCGGUAUAUUUUUCUGCGUAUCCCUCAACAUCAAGGAGGCUUCUCAAGAUCUUAAUUCGCUUGUGGGCAAGUGGUGAUCAGAACUUGUCCCUGUCUUCGUUUCUUAUGAUUCGAGAAGUGGUUUCACUCUUACCUGACUGUCUGGAUUUCUGCUUAACUAAAACAUAUAAUGCAUACCUUUCUAGUUCCAAGAUUGUGGACAACAGAAAUAUAGAAAAUAUCGAUUUUAUUCUGAACUGUCUGGUGGAACUUUAUUCUCUGGAUAUUCAGAAAGCAGGUGAAAGGGCAGUAAUUUCUGUGGGACAAUUGAGUGCUAUUCUUAGACAGGCGUCUAAAACAAAGGGAAAGGAAGAUCUUUUGAAGAUAGAUAACUGGCAGUAUAUAAACUGCAUAAACCUAUGGGUUAGGUUUAUUUGUGUUAAUUACAAGGAUUGCCACAACCUCCAUCUAUUAUUCUCUUCAGUUGUUCAGAUAAUAAGGGGGGUGGCUCAUUUAUUGCCAGGCAUGCGAUACUUACCACUGAGACUGAAGCUUGCGCACAUGCUAAAUGAGCUUUCGAAUUGCAGUCAGAUGUUCUUUCCAGUUCCAUCGUUGAUAUUUGGGUCCCUAGAAUUUAGGGAGAUCCCUCCGAAAGAGCAAACAGAAAAAGGAAAGACCCGCUUUUCGUCACUACUGAAGGUGCCAAGGAACAUGCUGAAAUCAAGAGAUUUCCAAGAGCAGUGCGUUCUUUCAGCAAUCGAGGUUCUAUCGGCACAUUUUUUCCAGUGGAGCUAUCAUGUUUCUUUUCCAGAAGUAGCCACCAUUCCGCUCAUCCUCUUGAAAAGAUUGCAAGAGCAGACAACGAUUGAGUCCCUCCGCCGUCCUCUUAAACGAAUGAUAGACCAGGUGAGCGAGAACAGGGAUUUUGUGCAAAGGAAGAGGGAGGUGGUCUCUUUCUCACCAAAUGAUGCGUCGUCAGUCGAGAGCUUCCUCCAGGAGGAGGAGAUGAAUGGAGACGCUUCCUUCACGCAGUUCUACGCAUCAGUGGCAAAGAGUCGUCAAUCGAGAGGGAGAAAAUUGGUGUAGAGGGCGAUGCUAGGGUGUGAUAGUUGUUGAUUGGCUAGAGGAUUAUCACAUGGACGACAAACUGAGGAACUGACUCCAAUGUGCAUGCAGUGGUAUCGAUGACCGACGUCGGAGUUUAUGGUUUUCUUGCUGUUUGUCGGUGUAGCUCUCAAGUUUGUCGAAACUUGUACCGAUUGAGUAGAUUUGGCGUGUGAAUCGAAGGAUCUUUGUAGCGCUGGAAUUCUGCAGCUGUUUGUUAUGAGUAUAUUGUUCCAGCUCAUUUAUGUUGCCCAAAAUUUAGUAUUGACUAUUAUUUACCCUUGUC